AUGCUCACGAAAAUCUUCAUAAUCUUAGCCUUCCAUGGUAUCAUGGACACAGCACUAGUGUUUCGGCGAGUGUGCAGUUAUUGUCGCGACAAAGAGGUUUUUGAGCAUGGACACAACUAUGUAGGUUUUUACCAAAAACAGAACACUGGCCCUUUGGAGAAAUUUCCUUGCGCUAAAGAUCCAGGAAAACUGAUGAAAUGUUCCACUUCCUGUCUGCAAGCGCAAUUCAUUCAGCAAGAUACAGGGAAAACGUAUACAUAUCGUGAUUGUGGAACCCUCCUGCUCCAGGAAUUCGGAUAUGAGAAAAUUAACUUCUCUUCUACUCAGUACGCAAUGAUACUCACGGACGUUGAUGAUGCAGGCAACACGUGGGUGUUCAAGUUCUGCAAUAAGGAAAAGUGCUUGUAUCCAUCCGACUACAAUAUCAACAAUGAAGAAACGCCAAAAGGUAAAGCGGUUGUCGAUGUCAAACCCACUGAGAUACAGUGUCCCGAGGCGAUUGUUCCGUCCUUUAUUCUUGUCAUCGUUGGGAUUCUUGGAGUGAUUGCUGGUGUGGGUCUUAUGAUAAGAGUUCUUGUUAAAUGCUCUCGCGAUCGUCGCAUACCUGAACGUGUUUCUACUAGAGUCGACAUGAACACCGAAGAGAUUCUCUUCAGUCGAUCAAAUCCAUAA